AUGGGAGUCAGGACACUCGGCGUACUCCUGGCGACGCUCUGCGUGGUGUUGUCGACACUCGUCUCGGCCAACGAUAUGGCGACGAACAGCAGCGCCAGCGCCAGUGUCGCCUCCAGCGGGAGCGGCAGCGAGACUAUAGCGCAGCUGUUGGCGGAAGUGCAGGCUGCUGUGGCAGAUGACCCUGCACUCGCCAACAUGUUUGACAUCUCGAGCGCGAGCCAGAUGAGCGAGGAGGAGCUCACGACGCUGCUGCAGGACAUUCUCGCCCUCAGUUUGAGCGGCAGCUCCAGCGCUAACAGCUUGAGCUCCAGUUCUGGAUCGACGACCGCCGCGUCGGCAGAGGCGACACAGAGCGACUCAGCGGCGGGUUCUACGGUAUCUGGAGCCACAUCGGUUACGCUUCCGACGUCGUUCGCGGUCUUGGCAACAGUUGUUACUCUCGUUGCCACACUGUAG